AGCAACUCUGCCAGAGGCAUGACAGGGGUCUAAUCAUGGGCCCCUUGAUCGUGACUUUAGUCAACUUCCUUGUCCAGGCCUGGUCUACCGCUGCCCAGGGCCGAGGCCGAGCGUACAACUUGUCUUCGGAAGUCUGUUGGCGGAAGGCCGGGCAGGGGUGGACCGAGGAUGACCUACCUUGCCGGGGCUGAGCGUGUGCCACUGCCGAGCGCCGCACUUUCGCCGUUGAUUUCGCUCAUCGUCUCUGCUCACUCGUCGUCGUCCGCCUUGAAGGUUAGUCCAUCCUUCCCCGUUUUCAUGGCGUCUUCCGAUUCUACUCCCUCCAUCCCCGCUGUUGACCCAGCGGUGGUUUGUUUUGAGGAAAUGUACCGACAAGAUUCCUCCCUCCGCCCCGACGGUCCGAUGGGAGGAAUUGACCAUUCUAGGGUUCUGAGUGCGGUGCCUCUCCGUACGUCCGUCACUGUGGUGUCGUCAUCCCAGGCUCCGCCUCCGAAGAAGAAGAAGAAAUCGAAAGUUGUUCAGGGGAGGACCCGGAAGUCCUUGCCCGUUACCGCGCUAAAAACGGGUCCCAUCACGAGAGUGGCGGACGCCACAUUGAUUUCAGUUUUCACCGCGGGUCUCAAGCCGACUAUUCGCAGGGGGGUACUUCUUCGGCGGCCAAUCACGUUGGGAAAGGCGUUCAUCCUCGCUAGGGAACUUGCAGCGAAUCACGCCGAUACAUUCACCACGGUUGCGGAAACUGUUCGCCACCCUUGUAAAGUGCAGCAAGUUGAUGAGUUUUUGACGGAGCGUACGACUGUUCUGGCGGACGUUAAGCGUAAUUUGGUCGACAUGCAGCAGCGGAUGACCUCCCAAGCAAACAGGCAUCGGCGGGACGUGGAGUUCAAAGUUGGGGAUGAGGUCCUCUUGAAAUUGCAGCCGUAUCGGCAGUUUUCAGUGGCCCGACCUCAAUCUGCAAAAUUGGCUCGUAGGUAUUACGGGCCGUUCAGCGUCCUGGAACGCAUCAGCAAGGUGGCAUACAAGUUGCAACUGCCUCCCGGUUCUCGCAUACAUGAUGUGUUUCAUGUAUCAUUACUUCGACCGUUUGUGCAAGGUGAUUCUUCGUGUCCAGUGGCAGCUCUUCCGAAGGAUUUUCAUGGCGGCGCACCAAUUUUAGUUCCAACGUGGGCCAUUUCUUCUCGUACGGUGCUAGUCGCUGGAGUCCCUAUGGAACAAUGGCUGAUUGAGUGGUCGGAUGGAAGUUCCGCGGACGCUACAUGGGAGCCGACGGACCAUAUACGAGAGUCUUAUCCUACGUUGGUCCUUGAGGACAAGGACGUUUUGGAAGCGGGGGUAAAUGAUACGGUUGCCAUGACGGAGGAAGAGGUCCAACCAAUACAGCCACGACGUUCGGGUCGUAUGGUUAAGCCGCCCGUGCGAUUCAAAGACUUUGUUUAAUAUUAUUGUUGUAUUUUUAUUUAUUAUUUUGGUUUUCUUUUUGAGUGGUUUUAUAACACUUCUUCGAGGGUUUCUUUACGGUUCUUUACCUCGUCGCUUUUUCUUGAACCGUCAGGAUAGAUAAUGUACUUGGUUAGGUUUUGUUGUUAUAAAUUGAGGGCCUGCUCCUAAGGUUGGGUACGUAAGAAUAAUAUCCAACUUCCUCU